GGAUACCUGUGGCGGCGGCGCUAGGUACAAGCUGAUGUCGCCGGCCAAGCUUCCGAUCUCGAGAUCGGCUUGCACCAUGAUCUCUCCUGGACUCAGCCCGACCUCGUUUCUUGAGUCUCCAGUUCUUCUCUCGAAUGUUAAGAUAUGACUGCAAAGAAGCUUGAAGGUAUAUGUGAAUCAAACAAGUGAGAAUAAACUUGAUUAUCCAUAGAGAGAACAAACUUGGUUGCCCAUCAUGAGUCCAUGACCAUAUAGAGCAGAAGCUUAAAUGUGAUAGACAGCAUAUGUUGAGUUCAAGCAUGAGAAAUUGGGUUUGCGGCUUUGUUCAGUUGGGUAUGUAGUUUUCUACAUUUGAAGUACUGGUCCAAAUGGAAAUAUUUGAAAAUUGAUGUCUCUCUUACUGGGUUCAAUAUAUAUUUAUUUCCCUCUUUUUAUAUUUUCUGAAUUUCCUUACGCUUGUGUAACCUGGCAAUGAUCGGUUAGCUCACGUCACUUGUUUAGAUGCACUGAUCUUUCUAUGUAUUGAUGCUGAUAAGAAAGAUCUAAGAGCUUCACAGAUUUGGUGCCAGACUCCAGACAGUGGCAUAAUAGUUAUCAGUUGCGCCAUUGAUGAGGGCCUUAGGACAUUCAGGGAUUAUGAAACUUGCCUUCAUCUUGAUUUUGUAUUCUUUCAAGUCUUGUUUACUUGAUCUGCUUGUACUUUGCCUUAGAAAUAUCUUUAGGCUGAUUCCUAUCUUCUUGACUUCACAGGCAGAGCCUUCCCCCACUACUGGCACAUUUACUAAUCCUCAAACUGUGCUUGGUUCUCUUAGCUCCACUUCAUAUCCAGCUACUACUGUUUACUCCACCAACUUUGGAGAAAGAAAAUCCAACUGCUUUGAGUUUAGACCACAUGCUAGGUCAGACAUGGUUUCUGCUGAUAUGAACCAUCAGAGAAGUGCACAAUGUGUUAAAGUCCAAAGCCAAUGCCAGUCUCAAUCAUUUCCAUCAUCACCCUCAGUAAAAGGUGAGAUGGCAGUCUGUACAAAUGAGCUGACUCUAUCAACACCACUUCACAUGGUUACUUCAGGUUCUAGUGUUCCUGCUGAAGUUGAUUCAGAUGAACUAAACCAAAUGGGGCUCUCUAGCAGUGGGCUUCGUGCAUCACAGUCAGGAAGUGCACCUACAGUGUCAUCUGAUGAUGGAUAUAAGUGGAGAAAAUAUGGACAGAAACACGUUAAAGGAAGUGAGUUCCCACGCAGCUAUUACAAAUGCACACAUCCUAACUGUGAAGUGAAAAAGUUAUUUGAGUGCUCUCAUGAUGGACAAAUAACAGAGAUUAUUUACAAGGGUACACACGAUCAUCCUAAACCUCAACCAAGCCGGCGAUAUGCCUCUGGCUCUGGUUUGUUCAUGCUGGAAGAAAGAUUUGACAAGUUUUCUUCUCUACCUAGUCAAGAUGACAAGUCACCUGGUGCAUAUGGACAGGUGUCUCAUGCUAUCGAACCAGAUGGUGCCCCUGAACUAUCUCCUGGCACAACAAAUGAUGAUACUGGAGAGGGUGCUGAGGAUGACAAAGAUCCCUUCUCGAAAAGAAGGAGGUUGGAUGCUGGAGGUUUUGAUGUUACUCCCGUGAUCAAACCUAUUCGAGAACCACGUGUUGUCGUGCAAACUCAGAGUGAGGUUGAUAUACUGGAUGAUGGGUAUAGGUGGCGCAAAUAUGGCCAGAAAGUGGUGAGAGGAAAUCCUAAUCCAAGGAGUUACUACAAAUGCACAAAUGCUGGAUGCCCAGUUAGAAAGCAUGUGGAGAGGGCGUCACAUGAUCCAAAAGCAGUUAUAACCACAUAUGAGGGGAAACACAACCAUGAUGUACCUACAGCUAGGACAAACAGUCAUGACACAGCAGGACCAUCAGCUGUGAAUGGAACCUCAAGGACUAGACCAGAUAAAAAUGAGACAAUUAGCCUUGAUCUUGGGGUCGGGAUCAGUUCUACAUCUGAAAACUUGUCCAGCGAUCAGCAACAAGCUUUGCAUGCUGAACUUGUCAGAUUCGAAAACCAAUCAAGUAGUGGUUCCAGUUUCAGAAUAGUUCAUGCGAGCCCAAUUGCGGCUUACUAUGGUGUUUUAAAUGGUGGCAUGAAUCAGUAUGGAUCUAGACAAAUUCCGAGUGAAGGCCGUAGCAUUGAAAUUCCACCUUUAAACCGUUCUUCGUAUCCAUAUCCGCAGAACGUGGGAAGUUUAUUAACGGGUCCAUAAGUUUGUCUAAUUUGUUUAAAUUUGUCUCUUGCCUUAUAGCUGGUAAAUAACAGAAAGGUUAGAAACUGAAUUUAAAAAUUAUGUAUUGCUCUUUAUAUAUUCUUGCUGAUGGUCUUCGAGCUCA